AUGAGAGGUAAUUCGCCGUCUCCGGAGGCCAUUUCCAACUGCAUCGCUUUGGCCGAAAAAGAGCUAAUGCUGAUUCAAAACUGCAUUAGUGCGAUAUCGAAAUCUCCUCCAAACACGCUCCAUCUUAACGAGCCGUCAAGUAUUCCGCCGCUUGGCGUACCAAUUGCCAAACAGACGGUGGCAAUUAAUGAGUCCGCACCGACAUCAGCUAUUCAGAUUAGGUCAUUGGUUGCAUUUUCUAGGCCAGAAGUUGCAGAUAAAGAGUGGAUGCUUGCAAACGUAUUGUCCUACGAUCCAGCAUCAAAUACGUAUGUCCCUUGCAUAUAG